GCGUGGGGCGGGUUCGCUUACCUCGUCCGGGAAUGGCGGAUGCUUCAGCUGACCGUGUCUUUGCUGUGUCUGGCCUUCUUGCCUACUCUGUGGUUCAUGGACGAGUCGCCUCGGUGGCUGGCCGUGAGGGGGCAGCACCGGCGCGCCCUCCGAGUGCUGCAGAGGGCCGCCAGGUGGAACGGGGUCGCCCUCCCCCCCGAGGACGAGCUUCUGCUCCUGCUCAAGGACGGAGUCAAGGACGAGGCAAUGGUACGCCCGCACCAAGACGCCCGCGCCCACACCGCGAGAGGCUGGUUCAGAAGGCGUUUGGAUGAAGCAUUUAUUCUUUUCAGAACCCCCGCCUUCGCACCAUCACCCUCAGCCUGUACACCAACUACCUACUGGUGGGUGCUGUGUACUUCGGCUCUCGCUCAGCGGCGGCGACCUGAGCUCCGACCCGUUCCUGUACAUGGUGCUGACGGGGGUCGUGGAGCUGCCGGCCUACACGCUGGUCAUCCCCUGGUGGCUCGCUACGGCAGGAGGGCUCCCGUUGUCGCCUUCUUCUUCAUGGGCGCCGUGGCUCUUCUCGCUCUGCCCUUCGUGCCCACGGGUAGUGGGGAAUCGAUGACCUUAGCGCUUAUGGGGAAGAUGAGUAUCGCUUCGGCCUUCCAGAUCCUCGACUUUUACUCCUCAGAGCUCUUUCCCACCGAGGUUAGGACGAGGGGCAUGAGCACAGCCCUUGUCAUGUCAAGGGUGGGGUCUACUUGUUCGCCUUUCAUCACGGACUACUUGGGCCCCUUGUACCCGUGGGCGCCGUCAGCAGUGUUCGGGGCGGCGUCGGUGCUC